CGGAUCUAUUGCUGGACUAUGUUAAGUAGACAAAUUUCGACUGCGGUACAGGGCGAUUUCGUAAAAUGAUUCACAAGGAUAUAAAGAAUUCCACUACAUUACGUCACCCAGGCCCAGUGCAUACUCAAGGUUUUGCAGAUAAUUCAUUGUGGAGUUGCGAUGCAUUUCACGAAGAUGGGCGUAGGUUUAGUCGAUGCUUGUUCUGUGGCAGGUUCCACUCUUUUAAUUCAUGUAAAUUUCGUAAUCCUGAGUGCUUUAAAUAUUGUGAUAUUGGACAUAUUCAGUCAGUUUGUAAUACUACUGUUCAUCUUACUGCGAUGAACAUUAAGUCUUGUCCAGUGUUCCUAAUGAUCAUUUAUCCUUAUCAGCGAUUUCAAAAGACAGUGUAGAGUCAUAUAGCAGCUCAGAGUUAAAUGAAACUCAGAAUCUUUGCGAGACAACAGUGUCUAAUCAAUCAACUUAUCAGAUUUCUAAUGUUAUUGUACCAGAUAUAGUUUUUCCUAAUAAUUCACUUACUAC